AUGAAUCAACCUACUACUCUCUCAGUCAUCACUAUGCCAAUUCCUGGCACUCAUUAUGCUCCUAAGAAGUUCAAGGGAGACUAUACUCGUGUCAGGGAUUUUGUUCUCCACUAUGAACGUAUCUGUCAUGCAAACAAUGUCACUGCUGACGAUGAAAAAUGCUCAAGCAUUCUCCAAUACUGCUCCACAUAUGUUUGCGAAAUUAUUGAAGGAAUGAAGCACUUCAUUACGCCCUCAUGGAACAGUCUCAAAGACAAAAUUCUCCAGUACUUUGAUGCUGCAAAAGCAGAGGCCAAAUUUAAAGAGCAUCAUCUUAAACAGCUGGUUGAUGCUUCGCACGAGAAGAAAAUGGGCUCUCUGGACGAUUUCAAGAGCUACAUGAGGAAGUAUGUUCGUGUUGGAGGAUGGCUUCUUGCCAAAUCUAAAAUCACCCAGGACGUAUUCAAUCGCUUUUUCUGGAAAGGACUAUCCAAAACCCUUCGUCAUCGCGUUGAAAACAGACUCCUUCAGAGGGAUCCUACCCUUGAUCUCUCUCAGCCUUUUGCUUUUGAUGAUGUUGUCAAAGCUGUAGAGCAUGUCCUUUGCAGAGAUCGCUUUGAUGCUCUCUCAGACUUUUGCUUUUGA